UCCGCUUCCGGUCCGUGCCCUUGUGGCUCCGUGUCCUGGUCCUGUAGGUCUUGCCUUUGCUGCUUGGUCUGCAUCUGGGGAUCAUGGCGGCCGCCGCUAGGGCCUGGUGUCGAGGGCUCGUGGGGGCCGUGGCGCUUCCCAGGGGGGUUGGACGACCCUCCGCGCUGUUGCUGCCAGUGAGGAGGGAAAGCGCUGCGGCCGACAAGCGCCCCACUGUAAGACCACGGAAUGAUGUGGCCCACAAACAGCUCUCAGCUUUUGGAGAGUAUGUGGCUGAAAUCCUGCCCAAGUAUAUCCAACAAGUUCAGGUGUCCUGCUUUAAUGAGUUAGAGAUCUGUAUCCACCCUGAUGGAGUUGUUCCAGUGCUGACUUUCCUCAGGGAUCACACCAAUGCUCAGUUCAAAUCCUUGGCUGACUUGACAGCAGUGGACGUCCCAACCCGGCAGAACCGUUUUGAGAUUGUUUACAACCUGCUGUCUCUGCGCUUCAACUCCCGCAUCCGUGUGAAGACCUAUACAGAUGAGCUGACACCCAUUGAGUCCUCCGUCUCUGUGCAUAAGGCAGCAAACUGGUAUGAGAGGGAGAUCUGGGACAUGUUUGGAGUCUUCUUUGCUAACCACCCUGACCUAAGAAGGAUCCUGACAGACUAUGGCUUUGAGGGACAUCCUUUCCGGAAAGACUUCCCGCUGUCUGGCUACGUUGAGUUACGCUAUGAUGAUGAAGUGAAGCGUGUGGUGGCUGAGCCGGUGGAACUGGCCCAAGAGUUCCGCAAGUUUGACCUGAAUAGCCCAUGGGAGGCUUUCCCUGCCUAUCGCCAGCCCCCUGAGAGUCUCAAGCUUGAAGCCGGGGACAAGAAACCCGAAGCCAAGUAACUCCAGGGAAGGCAUCUGGAUCCUAGAAAGCGCCUUAUCUCUAAUUGAGUCUGUGUAAAUAAAGUCCUACUUAGACUUGCCA